GGCGGCGCGCUGUCCCGGCUUCCGGCGGCCGGCGGGGCUGGCGGGGGCAUGGGGAAGGUGAGGGGGCUGCGGGCCCGCGUGCACCAGGCGGCGGUGAGGCCGGCGGGGCAGGCCCUGUGCGGCCCCGCGCCCCCGGCCCGGGAGGCGGCCCCUGCGCAGGCGGCGGCCGGCGGGGUCGGCGCGAAGGAAUGGGCUUUCACAAGCACCGAUAUUUUCGCCGGGACGAAGAUAGACCCCAGCGCCUUGGUGCAGAAGCUGGACCCGGACGCGAGGAGUGUUGCUUCCAUCAGGAGAGGUGUGGAGCCCAGGGUGGUUUUACCCAAGAAGGAGAAGCUGAAGCUGCGGCGUGAGAGGUGGCUGCAGAAAAUCGAAGCCAUUAAGCUGGCGGAGCGACAGCGCAAGGCGGAGCGGAGACGGAGGGCUGCGGUGGUGGUGGGGGACCUGCAGCCCCUGAGAGAUGCCCUCCCUGAGCUGCUGGAGCUGGAGGCGGGUGCACGGCAGCCCCGUGCCCGAGGCAGAGUGAGCCGCAGGCCCCGGCCCGCCGAGCUGAGCCGCAUGAGCGCUGCGGAGAGGCUCCAGCUCCUGGAGGAAGAAAGGGCUCGGUUUCGGGAGCUGCUGGCCAGUCCAGCCUACAGGGCCAGCCCCCUCCUGGCCAUCGGGCAACAGCUGGCCCGGCAGGUGCAGCUGGACGGCGGCAGCCAGCUCUGAUGCAGCCCGGAGGCAUCCCAGGAGCUCCAGGGAUCCGCCCCUUGCCGUCCUUGCCCCGAACCUGGCCAGAGAGCCCACCGCGAAAGUGAGGGCACGGUCGCAGGUGUUGGGGUGAGGGCAGCUCCCCUGUGCUCCCCACAGUCCCUGGGCUUCCUUCCAGACUGCUCUCGGGCUGCCCAGGGUCCCUCGGCACGAUCCCCCACCCGGCUGGCUAUGCGCCUCCCCAGCUCCUCUGCAGCCCGAGAUGCUGUCCAGGCGGAUUCUGUGGGCGGCUGCUGCCCUCCCAGUUCCCAGGGGCUCCUGUCUGCUCCUCUUGGGUCAUGGCCUCCGUGCCCCUCCCCCAGCCCUUUCCCCCCCGUGUCUCCCUUGAGCUCCAAGCCCGCAUCGCUCCCGACCUGCACCUGGCAUUGAGGUGAGCAGGGCCGCCGCCGUCCAGCCGUCCGGAGACGGCGCAGACCUGGUCCUGCCCGAGAGCAAGAUGGGCAUUUCCUGUCCGAAGCCUGGGGUUUGGAGGCCAGGCUGCAGGGACAGACUUCACCCCUAAGGGCCUGGACUUGUCCGGGGGGUGUGUGUGGUGUGGGGGCACCCUGUCCACGUCCCGUGGGGUCAGUGGUGCUGGUCGUGUGGCCCAGUGGCCUGGGCACCCAGGGCAGCAGCUCCAGACCCAGGGAAGCCCCAUCACCCUCGGGGCCAGGGCUGGGAUACCCAGUACCCCUUGCCUGGCUGUGGCGUGCGGGCGGGGCGUCCAAGAGCCAGGCACUCUGGGCUUUGUGGCCGAACUGGCGUGAGCUCUGGAAAUGUCGUCGACCUCUGGUGCCACGGCUAGUGU